ACCUCUCUGCAAUUUUAACAAAUCUGUUUUGCGCCCUAAGGCCCACCGUUUUUGCAAUCAUUUCUCUCAUUUUCUUCGCAAGAUCAAAAUUCUCUAAAAUUUCUUCGAAUUCGCCAAAAAUUCUUCACAAUUUCUUCAAAUUUGGUAGAAUUUUGUUGUUUGUACAUUUUUGUUUAAUCGAAUUUUAAGCUUUAGAAUACUUUUGUGGACGGUUUUUGUUGCUCCAAUUAGUAUAUUCUUUAGGGUUUUUGUUUUGAGAUCCCGUUUAUUUAUUGGUUAUGAAUCCGAGAGGAAGAUAUCCACCGCCGGGAAUGGGCGGCGGCGGCGGCCGGGGUGGCGGACACAUGUACCCUAACGCUAACCCUAAUUUUCAACCGAGAAAUCCACAGCAGUAUGUGCAGAGAGGUCCGGUGAACCAGCAGCAGCUGUUUCAAAACCAACAGACACAGCAAUGGCUCAGAAGGAACCAGUUGGCAUCUGAUUCUACGGUUGAUGAGGUUGAAAAGACGGUACAAUCUGAAGCAGUUGACCAAAGUUCACAAGACUGGAAGGCGAGGUUGAAGAUACCACCAGCGGAUACUAGAUACAGGACAGAGGAUGUGACAGCGACCAAGGGAAAUGAAUUUGAAGACUAUUUUCUUAAGCGUGAAUUGCUUAUGGGAAUUUAUGAAAAGGGUUUUGAAAGACCAUCUCCAAUCCAGGAAGAGAGUAUCCCAAUUGCUCUUACUGGGAGUGAUAUUUUGGCUAGGGCCAAAAAUGGAACAGGGAAAACUGCUGCCUUCUGCAUUCCGGCAUUGGAAAAAAUUGACCAGGACGUCAAUGCCAUUCAAGUUGUUAUCCUUGUUCCUACACGAGAAUUGGCUCUUCAAACAUCUCAAGUUUGCAAAGAACUUGGGAAGCACUUAAAAAUUGAAGUCAUGGUUACCACUGGGGGGACCAGCUUGAAGGAUGAUAUAAUGCGACUCUAUCAACCGGUUCAUUUACUAGUUGGAACCCCUGGAAGAAUACUCGACCUUGCGAGAAAGGGAAUAUGUGUUUUGAAAGAUUGUUCCAUGCUUGUCAUGGAUGAGGCUGAUAAGCUUCUUUCUCCGGAGUUUCAACCUUCCAUCGUGCAGCUGAUUCGUUUCUUGCCAGCAAAUCGUCAAGUUUUAAUGUUCUCUGCUACAUUCCCUGUCACAGUCAAGGACUUUAAAGAAAGAUAUCUGCAGAAGCCAUAUGUUAUCAACCUUAUGGAUGAACUUACUCUCAAGGGUAUAACACAAUUUUAUGCCUUCGUAGAGGAAAGGCAGAAGCUUCAUUGCCUCAACACUUUAUUCUCAAAGCUUCAAAUCAACCAAUCAAUUAUCUUUUGCAACUCUGUAAACCGUGUGGAACUGCUUGCCAAGAAGAUCACAGAGUUAGGCUUUUCAUGCUUCUACAUCCAUGCAAAGAUGCUUCAAGAUCAUAGGAACAGAGUAUUUCAUGACUUCCGCAAUGGUGCCUGCAGGAACCUUGUUUGUACUGAUCUGUUUACUAGAGGGAUAGAUAUUCAAGCAGUCAAUGUUGUUAUAAAUUUUGAUUUCCCGAAGAACUCAGAGACAUAUUUACACAGGGUUGGGCGUUCAGGGAGAUUUGGGCAUCUUGGUUUAGCUGUGAACCUGAUUACUUAUGAGGAUCGCUUCAACCUGUAUAGAAUUGAACAAGAACUAGGAACAGAGAUCAAGCAAAUUCCUCCGCACAUAGAUCAGGCUAUAUAUUGCCUUUGAUCAGUUAGCUGCUCGGUUAUGGUGCACCAAUGGUGAGUCUUUUGUACAGAAAUCUCAUGUUGAAGUUCUGCGACGCUGAGAUGCUGAGAGAAUGGAUGACUUGGCUGUUUCAUGGUUGCUGAGAUAACUGAGUUCAUCUUUAGAUCUAGUGAUGAGUUUUAAGUUAAUCCUAAAAGAAUUUAGCAGUACAUACUGACAAUGGAUAGGUCCAGUCAGAGACUGGCCGUUGGUGAGUCCCCUGGUUUAUGUAGUAUUUGGCAUUUGUUGCUGUUUCCUUUUCGCUGUAUGUUUGUUGGAUAAGCUGUACAAGGUUAUGCUCUAUGGUAUUUGGAUCUAUAUUCAUCUGCGGCAUAUGGUAAUGUGGGCAUUGGUCAUGGAGAAGUGAUACCUAAAGAUGUCACCCAACAUGUUAAGUGACGGAGUAGUCAUUUUCGUGCACUUAUAUCAGACGUUCAACCACUGUCUCAGUAUGUGUGUAGCAUGUGUACCAGAAGCAUUGUACUCCUUUCAGCUUUUAUAGCUUUUUUCCUGUUAUGUUAGCGUUUGGAAUGAUGAAGCAGGUUAUGUCUGCAUGGAAUGUAGUCAAUUUGGCUGAAUGUGAAGAGUAUGGUUUUAAUUUAAUCUAUUUCCGGAUUUGAAUAAUUGAAUCUUUU